AUGACCGAGACUUUCGACAUGCCAGGAAAGGGUGGCAACGAGCACCUGCAAGUCGAAGCCAAAUCGGAUCAGAACGGACAAGGUCGUUCCUGGUCGUGGCACUGGUCUUCUCGUUCUUCUUCGUCUUCUUACUCCUCCUCAUCGUCGUCGUCCUCCGAUUCUUCCACGUCGUCAUCGACCGAUUCCUCCAGCAAAGUUUCCCAGCGUACGUCUGACAACAACAACGGCUACGACGCUCAGCUACAUCGUGCGCAGAGCAGCGCCGGCGAAGGACAGGCUGAGCACGGUGACAUUCCUUCGCCAUCUGAACAGAUCGUCCACCACAGCGAGACAAAGUCCAGUCAUACUUCGCACCAUUCGAAUACCAAAGAGGAGCACACCACCACGACCAAGGACAAGGACGGCAAAGAGACCAGCCACACCUCGACCAAGCAGUCGUCCACAUCUUCGUCCUCGUCGUCCUACAGCCACUUUUCGAAUGUUUUCAAGUACGUGAUCAGCGGCAACAGCGAGGCGUCCAACAACGCGGCACCCUUCCAAAAUGGACAUGUGCAGUGGACGCGAUCGCCAACCGGGGCCGCUGACUUUGCCGUCAGCCAAGCGAUCAAUUCUCCGAUCGCUCGUCCAGCCAGGGCCGAGACGUGCAAUCGCCGCUUCCCUUUCACUGAACGCCAACACACAGCCGACGACCAGGACAGUCGUUUCGCCCAGCCGUUCCCUGCUGAAGCGCUCGAUCCUGUCUCGAAAAUCGCCCUUGACCUACACAACGUCGAGCGUGCACGCUACGGUCUGCACCCACUGCAGUGGAACACGGAGCUGGCCAACAUGGCCGCGUGCUGGGCCGAUCUCAAAGCGUACGGCCAUUCCGAGGACCACUUCUGCGCGUCCGGCGAGAACAUCGCCAUGGGUCUCGGCGAUCCCUGCUACAGCGACCCGAUGGAAGGCAUGAAGAACGCCAUCUACUCGUUUCUCGAUGAGGACCGGGACUGGGCAAAAACGCGACAGAUGGGAAGCAGCACGGGUCACUGGGUGCAGGCUGUCUGGAAGGAUACCCGGUUCCUUGGGUGCGCCGUUGCACAGCGCAAAGACUUUAUGCAAGGCUACAACGACAACGAUCAGGCAUCUAUGUAUGUCGUAUGCGAGUACUACCCGCCGGGCAACGUCCUAAACCAGAUUCGAGAUCAAGUACCUGCAGUGGUUCGUCCGACACCGCAACUGCGCUCAAGCUGUUCCGCCAACGAGAGGCAUAGCUGA